GAUCGAACUUGACCUACUACUUCUUCCACCAUGAACUCAAGUCAAUACUCGAGUCAGUAUUCGCAAGGAGAAUCAUCUUCUCAGCCUGCACAGUCCCAUGUCAAGUAUCAUAUGCCGUAUUUUACUCCUCUGGAGAUCGAGCAACUAUCCGAGAAACAGAGAGGCAAGCUUUCGCUUUCUCAGGAAGAGAAAGCAAGGCAGCAGGCAUGUGCGUUCAUAGAGGCUGUUGGGGCCAAAAUAGGAUUCCCUCGAAAGACUAUCGCCACGGCACAAAACCUUUAUCACCGUUUUCAUCUCUUCUUCCCUCGUAGCAAGGAACCAAGCUAUCUUGAUGUCUCUUUGGCGGCGCUGUGUGUCUCAACCAAGAUGCACGACACAUUGAAGAAACCUCGGGAACUCAUAAUGACCGCCUAUGCCAUACGUAUGCCAGAAUUGGCCGCCAAAUCCAAAGUCGCAGGAGAGGUUGAUAUCGAUCCCAAUAUCGUCGAGAGUGAUCGUGAACGAAUCAUAGGUGUUGAGCGACUCAUGUUGGAGACGAUUUGCUUCAACUUCAACUCUCGGAUGCCUUUCCUAUAUGUAAUCAAGAUUGGUCGUGCUUUUGGAGCUACUAAGAAGCUCACAAAGUUGACGUGGAGAUUGUGUAUUGAUAGUUUUCGGACACUCAUCAAUCUACAAUAUCCUCCGCAUGUCGUUGCCCUGGGAUGCAUGUACCUAGCUGCAUUGCUAUGCUCAUUUGAGCAAGGGACAUCUCCAGAUCGACCGGGGUAUAACAAUGCCCACCAAAUUGCCGCCACUCUUGGAAAACCUGGACAAUGGGAACAAGAAUUCCAGACACAAGUACAAGACCUUCAAGAAAUUGCUCAUGCCAUCAUCGACCUGCUUAUCCAAGGAGCACAAAAUCCACACGCGAACAUGUCUCCGUCUACCCCACAAUCUCCGCAUCCUAACCGUAUUCCACGAAAUUCAUCGAAACCCGAACCUCCGCCCGUCCCCUACAAAGCAGAUCAACUGAUGCGACUAAAAAUCGUUAUGCGAGAGCAAGAAUAUCCUCCGAAGAUACGCGAAAGUGCAGCUCCUGGUGAUUUACCUGAUGCAAUGUUCUUGGGAAAAAACGAAGGAACGGUUAGAUCUCUACAUGCUCGAUUUAUUUACGCGUUGCUUCGCUGUUGUACAUUCUGACUUGUACAUUAGCUUUCAGUUUCAUUUUGUUCUCCCUCUCCUUUCCGAUGUUUGCCACUCCAUUUCCUCCAUAGGUAACGGGAUCCAUACCACGUCCCCACCACGAAAAUGAACGCACCGACGAUCGCAGCGCCAAUAUAUCCCGAGUUUUCAUUUGCCUGAU